UUUUACUACUUGUAGAUUUGAACACAGUUUCGUGAUAUUUACUGAAGUUAUUUUUUCUUUGAAAAUAAUUUCAUUCUGUCAUCAGGUAUUGUUUAUUAUUAUUUAAACAUUAAAAACGGAAAUAAAAUAUCGCUAACAUGAGUUCUGAAGACCAUACUUCUACAAAAGGAUGUUUUAACAUUUUUAGUUAUCAUUAUGAGGGGCUAUUGAUAAUAGGACCACCAAUAUUAUUUUCGCCCGUUAUGCUUAUGAGCGACGAAGUUGCAAAUCGUUGCAUGUACCUUUUGAUGGUCAUGGCUGUCUAUUGGAUUUUUGAAGUAAUUCCUCUUGGAGUAACAUCUAUGCUUCCAAUAGUUGCAUUUCCUUUGAUGGACAUUAUGCCAACCGGAGAUGCAUGUCGACUUUACUUUAGAGACACACUGGUUAUGUUUGUUACCAGUAUUAUGGUUGCUACUGCUAUAGAAUAUUCAAAACUUCAUAUACGUUUGGCUCUUAGGGUCCUACAAAUUGUUGGUUGUAGUCCUAGAAGACUUCAUUUUGGCUUAUGUGCUGUAACUACGUUCUUGUCAGUUUGGAUAGCUAACUCAGCUUGUACCGCUAUGAUGUGUCCAAUUAUUUAUGCUGUUUUGGAUGAAUUGGCAUCACAAGGAUUGAUUAAACAAUAUGAUGAGGCCGAUGCAGAUCUUCCCAAAGCAGAGAGACGACCGUCAAAGAUUGGGAAUUGUUUUUAUUUAAGUGUUUCUUAUGCAUCUUCAAUUGGAGGCAUUGGAUCACUCAUUGGAACUCCUACAAAUCUAGCUUUUAAAGGAAUCUAUGAUAGUCGAUUUCCAAAUGCGACAGAAAAAUUGGACUUCGGGAUUUAUCUAGUUUACGCAUUUCCCUUUGUGAUUGUGGGUUCUUUGUUAAUGUAUUUGGUCUUAGAAAUGGCAUUUAUGGGGAUGUUUAGACCAAAUAGCCAAGCAGCUAAAGAAAUUGAAGUCGGUAAGGAAGGUGCAGAAAUCGGUAGGAAAGUAAUUGAUGGAAAAUAUGAUGAACUUGGACCAAUUACAAUACACGAAAUUAGUAUUGCAAUUUUAUUUGUGUUACUUAUUAUGCUAUACAUUGGACGAAAACCUGGAUUUAUGGAAGGAUGGGGGAGUCUUUUUGAAAAUCCUUCAAUUAAAAAUUCAGCUCCAACUGUUAUGAUCUUAAUGAUUAUUUUUUCUUUCCCUGCAAAUUAUAAAUUUCUUAAAUUUUGGAAAGAGGAAUCACUUGAAAAAACUCCAGCUCUGUUAACAUGGCAAUUUAUUGUACCCAAAGUACCAUGGGGAUUGAUUUUUCUUGUUGGUGGUGGUGCAACACUGGCAGAAGGAAGUAAAGUCUCUGGAAUGGCAACUAAAUUAGGAACAUCUCUUUCUGUAUUGGAUUUUCUUCCGCCAUCAAUUUUACUUUUGGUAGUAGUAACAGCAGCAGUUUUGAUAACAAACUUUAGUGCAAAUGUUGCAAUUGCAAAUAUAACUGUUCCCGUUUUGGCUGAAAUGGCAGUUGCAAUGAAAAUUCAUCCAUUGUAUUUAAUUUUUCCGGUUGGAAUGGCUUGCAGUAUGGCAUUUAUGUUACCCGUUGGUACACCGCCUAAUGCUCUAGUACAAGGAUAUGCAAACAUCGAAACAAAAAAUAUGGCAAUUGGUGGGCUAUACGCAUCAAUAACAACUAUUUUAACAAUAUGGGCUCUGGCACAAACCUGGGGUGUUUUCGUCUACCCAAAUACUAAGAAAUAUCCUGAUUGGGCAGAUAUUGAAACUAACGCAACACGAUCCUUGGAUAUCUGGGAUGAAGUUUAAAUCACUUUUUGCAUAUUAAUUUGUCAUUUCUUUCAAAAUAUAUGAUCUUGUUUGUUGUGUCAAUA